AUGUCUGGCACAACUGCGCGAUGGGCGGGUGCCAAUAACUUGAGAAGGAUAGGACAGAUCAGAGCCGCUGUGGUUUGGAUGAUUGUGCAUGGACGGCAGCGAUAUGGUUCCUGCGCACAUCAUAGUCUUUCUAGUGCUGAGGAAGAAAGCUUUGGUCGACAUGCUCAGAACCACAACACGUCGAUGGCCCCUGAACGUACGUCCUAUUCUAACAGAAUCUUCGGUGAUGCCGCCUUUGGCUGCAUUGCGGGUCAGAAGUCGGCGCUUCUGGCUACUGAUCAUCGGAACUCCCGGUAG